AGUCGUGCGUCGCUGGGCGGUUACGUGUGAUGCGCGGGGGCGCGGGCUGCGUGUGGCGCGGGGCGGGGCGCAGUUGGUACGCUUGAGGAGCGAUGGCGGCGGCCUGAACUCACCUGGUAUCUCCGCGGCGACCCGGCCUGGCCAGGGUCGCGAUUGUGUGAGUGGACGAUUUGUAUUCUGGACUGGGAGUGACCUGUGGUGUCUCCACUCCAGCCUGGUAUAUCCCUUGGUUCCAUGGCCAGCUACUGGCUCUUGCAGACCGGAUGAAGCAGACCGGAGACACAAGUGGAGAAAGCCUCCAGCUGGCACAUCCCCAGAGUGUGGACCGGCCGCUGGCUCUGCCCAGCCUGCCUCAUGGAGAGGAUGAAUUGGCUGAGCAGAUUGGCCUCCCGAGGCCCUGGGCAGCGUGUACCUCAAGGGACCAGUCUGCAGACCCCUGUCAUGGCUGAUCCUGAGACCUGCCUCAUGGUCUUCAAGAAUCACUGGUCCCAGGUGGUGCGAAUUCUGGAGCGACGAGGCUCUCGGGCAGCUCCUGGGGGUGCAGAUGAUCUCAGUGCUGUGUGCAACCACACUUACCAGAUGUUGACACUAUUGGCAGAGGAUCGAGCAGUGCCCUCGGCCCCCACAGUCCCUGGGCCCCUGCUGGAGUUUGCUCUGCGUGAGGAUCUGCUGACCCGUGUAUUGGCAUGGCAGCUGCAAUGGGAUGAGUUUGGAGAUGGGGUUGAGGAACGGCGAGCUGAGCAGCUGAAACUGUUUGAGAUGCUAGUGAGUGAAGCUCGCCAGCCACUGUUGCGGCAUGGUCCAGUUCGAGAGGCUCUGUUGAUCCUGUUGGAUGCCUGUGGCCACCCUGUGCCUAGUAGCCCAGCAUUGGAUGAAGGCCUGGUGCUACUUCUCAGCCAGUUAUGUGUGUGUGUGGCCCGGGAGCCUUCAUUGCUUGAGUUCUUCCUGCAGCCACCUCCUGAGCCUGGAGCCGCCCCCCGCCUUCUUCUCUUUUCUCGCCUUGUUCCCUUUGUCCAUCGAGAGGGCACGCUGGGCCAGCAGGCCCGUGAUGCCCUACUGCUCCUUAUGGCACUGUCAGCUGGGAGCCCUACUGUGGGCAGCUACAUCGCGGAUCACUCUUACUUCUGCCCGGUGCUGGCCACAGGACUGAGUGCCCUGUACUCCUCACUGCCUCGAAAGAUUGAGGUUCCAGGGGAUGAUUGGCACUGCCUACGACGAGAGGAUUGGCUGGGAGUGCCAGCUCUUGCACUCUUCAUGAGCUCCCUAGAGUUCUGCAAUGCAGUCAUUCAGGUGGCUCACCCCCUGGUGCAGAAGCAGCUGGUCGAUUAUAUCCAUAAUGGGUUCCUGGUGCCUGUCAUGGGCCCUGCCCUGCACAAGACCUCUGUGGAGGAGAUGAUUGCCAGUACCGCCUAUCUGGAACUUUUCCUACGGAGUAUCUCCGAGCCUGCCUUGCUCCGUACCUUCCUGCGGUUCCUGCUAUUACACCGGCACGACACACACACCAUCCUUGACACCCUCGUUGCGCGUAUUGGCAGCAACUCCCGGCUCUGCAUGGUCUCUCUGAGUCUCUUCAGGACCCUACUGAACCUCAGCUGUGAGGAUGUCCUGCUGCAGCUGGUUCUCAGGUAUCUUGUGCCAUGUAACCACGUGAUGUUGAGCCAGAAGCCAGCUGUGCGUGACGUGGACCUGUAUGGACGAGCAGCUGACAAGUUUCUCUCCCUAAUCCCACGCUGUUGCCGGCACCAUGCCCCUAGCCCACCCCGUCCAGAGCAUGCCUCGUGGGCACGAGGUGGGCCUUGCAGAGAGACAGGAAGAAGGGAGGACACUUUGGGCCCUGGAAGCCCAAGUGUUGAUUCUUCUUCUGUGGUGACAGUGCCCCGGCCCUCUACACCAUCUCGUCUGGCCCUCUUCUUGCGGCAGCAGAGUCUGGGUAGCUCUGAGCCCCCAGGCCCAGCCCCUCGUUCCCCAGGGCUUGCUGCAUCCCCAGUCUCCAGUCCUGGCCGACGGCCCAGCCCUGCAGAGGAGCCUGGUGAGCUGGAAGACAAUUACCUGGAAUAUCUCCGUGAGGCACGUCGUGGUGUAGACUGCUGUGUCCGAGCCUGCCGUACCUGGUCUGCCCCCUAUGAUGGCGAGAGGCCCCCUCCUGAGCCCAGUCCUGUUGGCUCCCGGACUAAGAAACGCAGCCUACUGCAUGAGGAGGACAGGGACAAUGCGGGGGAAGGGGAGGAGGAAGAGUUGGGGAGUGGGGGUGGAGGGGAGGGCCCUGGCCACUUGCCCCCUCCCCAACUCAAUGGGGUACCAGGACCAUGGCCAGAGGGGGCCAAGAAGGUUCGUCGGGUGCCAGAGGAAGGAGCUGGGGAACUGCUAGUGGAUACCUCUGAGGGCAUGGCAGGACUAGAGGGCUUUGGGCAGGAGCUCCGGGAGCUGGAGGUGGCAUUGAGCAAUGGAGGGGCUAGCUCAGAGCCCCCCCUAGAGCCUCCACUACCUCUUGAGGAGGAGGAGGCCUACGAGAGCUUCAGCUGUCCCCCUGAGCCCCCUGGCCCCUUCCUCAGCAGCCCUUUGCGGACUCUCAACCAGCUGCCAAGCCAGCCCUUUACUGGCCCCUUCAUGGCUGUGCUCUUUGCCAAACUUGAGAACAUGCUGCAGAACUCCGUCUAUGUCAACUUCCUGCUGACGGGGCUGGUGGCCCAGCUGGCCUGUCACCCCCAGCCCUUGCUCCGCUCUUUCCUGCUCAACACCAACAUGGUCUUCCAGCCCAGUGUCAAGUCCCUGCUGCAGGUGCUGGGCUCUGUGAAGAAUAAAAUUGAGAGCUUUGCGGCCUCCCAGGAGGACUUUCCAGCACUGCUUUCCAAAGCCAAGAAGUACCUCAUUGCCCGUGGCAAGUUGGAGUGGGCUGAGGGCCCUGCAGCAGGACCAGUCUCCCGCCGCUUGGAUCCCCUAGUGAAGAGCCGGAGGCCAUCUUUGGGGGAGUUGCUCCUGCGGCAUGCACACAGUCCAACCAGGGCCCGUCAGGCGGCACAGUUGGUCCUUCAGCCCGGGCGAGAUGGAGCAGGACUUGGCCUAGGUGGGGGCUCCCCUGGGGCUUCAACUCCAGUUCUACUUCCCCGGGGCGGGGCCCCCGAGCGCCAAGGUGAGGCUCUGCGUGUCAAGAAUGCCGUCUACUGUGCAGUCAUUUUCCCUGAGUUUCUCAAGGAAUUGGCUGCCAUCUCCCAAGCCCAUGCUGUCACCUCGCCUUUCUUGUUGGAUACUUCAGAGGAGGGAUCUGGCCCUUCUGUCUCAGGCUUUGGGCCCCUCAAUCCUUAACUCUCUUCCAUGGACAAUUAAGGCCGUGGGUGGCCUGAUUGGGGCCAGGGUGCAGGCUCCUUUUUAUGUUGGAGGCAGUGGCAAGAAGACUUUUUAAUUUAUUUCAGAAAAAUUGUUUUAUGGAGAACAUAUUGCAAUAUGUAUAAAAGAGAAACCUCUAUUCUGUGCUCA